AUGCCCUCAUCCGCCACACCGGAGGUCAUCGUCGCCCGCUUCCUCCAAUCCAACCACUACAACGAGACGCUUGAUGCAUUCCUGAGGGAGGCCGGGCUGCCGGCGGAUGCCGCGCAAACCGCUGCGGGAGACUGGACGAUCGAGAAGAUCCUCGAGGAGAAGAGGCAGUACGAUGCCGGUAUCGUGUACGAGAAGACCUCGGGCGAGGAGCGGGAGGGCGGGUGGACUCGGCCAGCUCCAUCACAGCCUGAUACCAUCACUUCUCUUGAUUCGCCUUCGAACAUCCUAGCUGUGCAUGUCACGCCUACAAGGACCCCUUGGGCAACGCCCGAGGAUGGCACGAAGCCUCUGCAGCUGCUUAUAUCUUCCGCCGAUCGCAAGAUAUCUGUGCUGUCUACGCGUCUCGGCUAUGAGCUCGAGAAAACCGUCGAUCUUUCUCUGACCCAUAAUAGCCCUGUUCUCUGUCUCGCCCCGAUCCACCACGAUGCUUGGAUGACCAGCUCCAUGUCAGGCCACGUGGAUCUCUACAGAGCCGGACAUCGCUGCAUAGACUCCGAAAGACAUCAUGUCAAGUAUGCUGUCCAGGUGAUUGUGACACGAAGUUGUCGUGACGGUCAGCCAGGAAGGCCAUUUUGUAUUGCAGCGACUGCCGGCUGGGACCAGAAGAUCUGCUUGUACUCGUUUGAGCCACCAUCUGAUGCAUCCCUUCCUCAUGGCGACGAACAGGAUGAAAGCUCAGUGAUCGGCAGCCCAUUGACGACCCUCCCUGUUGCCACGAACCCGGAGUCCAUCCUCUUCGUCCGACAUCCCGAUACCAACGAGCUCUACCUCAUCGUGGGCAGACGCGACUCCACCUACCUAUACUACUACAAAAUCACAGAGCACUCUCCACACUCUACCAUCACGGUCCAUGAAGCCGGCAAACAGAACCUGGCGCCUCACGCAAAUGCCUGGAUCUCCUUCAGUCCAUCCAGUCUCGCGGCUUGUCCCACAGAUCCUACCCUCAUCGCGGUCGCGACAUCGCAUCUCCCACACAUGAAGCUCAUCUUGGUUCGACUCCUCUUCCCGGGUACUCGAGAAGACGAGACCGGUGCUGCUGGCUUUGUCCGUGGCGACACCCAAACAUCGCAAGCACGUGCCGAGCUAGCCAUCCAGGAUCGGGAAGAUGCGGCUAUAAGACUACACGUCUCGACGAUGGCGCCUCAGACUCCCUAUAGUACCCCGCAGGUGGUGUGGCGGCCGGAUGGAAGUGGAAUGUGGGUUAAUGGGGAUGAUGGUGUGAUCAGGGGGGUUGAGACAAGGACUGGGAAGGUCGUUGCUUUGCUGAAGGGGCAUGAGGUUGGUAGUAAGGUGAGGAGUUUGUGGGCGGGUAUGGUGAGGGUUCAGGGCACUGAUGAUGGAAAUGGAAGCGAGAAAGAAGAGGAAUGGCUUGUUAGUGGAGGAUUUGAUAAGAAGGUCAUUGUAUGGAAACCCGGGAAUGGAGACUCUGCUGUAUAA